AUGAAAAAUUGUUCUCAGUCUUUUUUAUUUACUACAAAGUUAUCAUAAAUCAUUCGAAACGGAUGUACUGUUACAUUAACGGUUUAUCAUAACAGACUAUUAUUAAGUGGACUCAGAAAAACAAGUAGAAGUGAAAAAAUUGAUAAAGAAAUCAAUUUUUAAACUACACAUUAUGUUCUAAAUUGGGAAUACUCUCAGUAAAAUUAAACAAUAUACUUUAUAGUCAUUCUAAAGAUAUUGAAGGUUUCACUCUAUAUAAAUAAAAUACUAAAAGGUAUACCUUUGGUGGUAGCAAUGACCAGCUCAGCUAGUUAAAAAAUAUUUUGAGUGGUUUAAUUGGUUUUACAAACUGGGAAUAAGAUUAUAAAUUUGUUAAACAUGUCAGAAAUAGCUAGAAAUGUUAAGUAUCAUUAUAUACUAAGUAUUUUUAGAUAAUGCUUGUCAAACAAGAAAAUCAGUUUUAAGUUAUCAAACUCAUUGAUUAUCAAGAAGUAAAUAACCAAUAAAAAACAAUUUAGACUCCAGAAGAAUUAAUGGCACUGAAACUAAUUUAAAAGAAUCCUCAUCCGAAUGUACUUGGCUUUAAUUCAUAUUAUAUUGAUAAUAUACAUUGCUACCUUGUUAUGGAUUAUCUAUCUCAAGGAACACUCUAUGAUCUUUAGAAAAUGUACAAUUUUAAUAUACCAAUACAUAUCAUCUAAGAAGUGAUGUAACAGAUUCUAGAAGGUAUUUUUAUAUCUAUUUAAAAUAGGUUUAAAUCAUUUGCAUUAAUUAAAAAUCAUACAUCGAGAUAUUAAAUAUGA